GUUGAUUCAGCAGGUAGUGUUAUAAAAGCUCCAUGCUGGCUGAUCACAGCUGUGUCAGUGAGAAGGGUCUCCAUGGAUCCAGUCAUAGUCCUGGUGCUCAGUCUCUCCUGUCUGCUUCUCCUCUCACUCUGGAGACAGAGCUCUGAGAGAAGAAAGCUCCCUCCUGGCCCCACCCCUCUCCCAAUUAUUGGCAAUUUCCUCCAGAUAGAUGCAAAGAAUAUCAGCCAAUCCUUGACCAAUGUGUUCCAAGCUUUGCUGCUGUAUUUCUGCAUCAUUUCAUCUAUUCCAUUGGUCUACAUUUGCCAGAGCCCAGCAUGCCACAAAGGUAUCUCUCUAGAGGAUUCUCCUCAUGAAUGCUACUUCCUUGAAGGUACAGGUAAUCAUGAAGGCUGACUGAUCAGAACUGACACACUCCCACCAAAUAUGCCUUGCAAACCUCACAGCCUUGCAUCCCAAUACACGCUGUCAUUUCAGGGUGGCAGGGAGAUUUGCUCUGGUUGGUUAUGUAAUAUAUGUCAUUACCUAUGUGACUUAGGGGAAGUGAGCAGGAGCCUUUGUGGUCAGGCCCAAACCUCCUUGGUGACAUUAGCUCUUCUCAGAGUGUGGGGCCUCACCAUAGGACGUCCUGUGGUAACAGGUGCCAUAUGAGCUAUGCAAGUGUGCUCCCGUCCCCACACAGCUGAGUACCUGCCAGCUCACCUGAACUUAUCAUGUGCAAUGAAA